AAAGUCUGGGCUCCAGCAGCAGUGGUGGUCCUUGGGCCGGAGCCUGAGGGAGAGGAGGGAGCGAGUGGAGGCCCAACAGCCCCCAGAGGCUGGCCUUGCUGGAGGAGGAGAUCCAGAGUUAGAGCAGGAGACAGCCACCAUCCUGGGGGAUAGGAUGAGCAGGCUUGAGGGACCAGGACUGAUGGUUUGUGCUGAUGGACCACGACCCGCUGCUUGAAAUGUCUGCUGGCACAUACAGGAAGAGUGGCUUGAAGGAGAGUCCCUCCACCCUGCGCUUACUCACCCAGGGACUGACCUUGUUCUUCAAAAGACAACGCCAGACUUAACAAGCUGCUGUGUUUAUGUUGUCAACUCGAAAUGUCUGCUGCAAUAUGUGGCUUUGCUCCCAGAGGACAAUGUUACAUUAUUAGCCACAGCAGCUGCUGAGCCUGUGUGUGAACUAAAUGAUAAAUCUAUAUGACUUCCUGUGGGAACCCGUCAGUCCCAAGACAUCCACUGUUCCGUGUGGUAAAUGGCAGAAGGCUUAAAAUAACUCUACGACGCUACAGAAGAAGAAGAAGAAUGGCCAUGGUGUCCACUCCAGACAAGAGCACUCGUCCUGUCAGUGCUCCCAUCAUGUCCCCCAUCUCUCCCGGGGAUGUCGCACCGUCCCCUGUGACCUCGGGCCUGCCCCGCGGUGAGCGGCGAGAAGCCUCCACCCCCACGGUUCGCAAGUCCCGCUCAGCAGAGAGGAAAACCAAAGAAGAGGCCAAGGUGGAGAGCAAGGUGACAGAGGUCUCCAAGACACAGAGCUCCAGACCACAGUCCACCCCAGAGUUCAAGAGGGAGGGAGCCAGGAGGAGUAGGCAUCAUGCCCCUGCAGUCACCACCACCACCAACGGGACAGAGAGAGAGAGAAAGAGCCAGCAGCAUUCGUCCCGAGAGAGAACCGACACGGAGACGGUGCGAGUGAGGAAGGACCUGGAUAAGACCCAGGCAGAGAUUAUGCGUCACCACACCAGUAUCAGUGAGCUGAAGAGAAGCUUCAUGGAGUCUGUUCCGGAGCCGCGGCAGAGCGAGUGGGACAAACGCCUGUCCACCCACUCACCCUUCCGCACGGCCAGCAUCAACGGACAGCUGCAGCCAGGCACUGACGGGCCUAACGUGGUGAAAACACAGACAAUCACCAUCUCCGACGUGUCUAACUCCCUGCGAGGAGACGUCUCUAACAAGGAGGUCCCCAUCGUGCACACUGAGACCAAGACCAUUACCUACGAGUCAGCGCAGUGUCUCCUUCAGCCCGUAGACAGCAUGGCAGAAAGGGACUCUGGAGUGCUACUGAGUGCCCAGACCAUCACCUCAGAGACAGUCAGUACAACCACCACCACUCAGAUCACCAAGACGGUGAAAGGAGGCAUCUCAGAGACUCGCAUCGAGAAGAGGAUUGUGAUAACUGGAGACACAGAGAUUGAUCACGACAAGGCUCUGGCCCAGGCUAUCAAGGAGGCGAAGGAGCAGCACCCGGACAUGUCUGUGACCAAAGUGGUGGUGCACCAGGAAACAGAGAUCACCCCCGAUUAACCCCAGGCUCACCUUUCCUAUGACCAGCUGGGGGCCAAAACUACCACGGCGCCUGAGGAAGGUGAACUCACACACAUCCCCCGCCCGCCCUGACCUUCUCUGCUUGUUUCACCGCCAUUCCUGCUUGUUUACCUCAGAGACCCCCCCACCUUGGGAACAGACACCAGACACACACACCACACCAGACUGGACCGGUCCAACCUGCCAGAGAGAACAAGCUUCACUUUUCAACUAUGAACUUUGAACCUCCCAACCAAUGGAGUUCAACUGAAGGAAAAGGGAACAAACAGAACUCUCCAAAAGAACUCCCAGAAUUCCCUAGGACUACCCACAAUCCCUCUCUCUCUCUCUCUCUCUCUUUCACUCUCUUCCACUCCACUGCCAAAUCCCGAACAACCAAACUGGAUUUUUGUAAACAAUAAAAAUGUUGAAAUAAUGUAUUAGAAUUUUUUUCCUCUUUCUCCAAUUUGUCUGGAGAUUUUAACAAGAAUUUUCAAAGGACAUUUGGUCUUUAAAUUGUGUAGAGAUUGCAGGGACUUUGUUCAUAUUUUUCUAAGACUUUUCUUAUUGCCGUAAUUGGAAAAUCGGUAUCUUCAAAGUCAACUUUGAAGGGACUUUUAUUCUGAAGUGGGAUGAUAGCAAGGGAUUUUGGGUGAUUUUUCUGGGACUCUUCAACCAUCGUGAUACGAGGAUCCCUCUUCAAAUCAAACUUUACAACCAAGUUUGGUUUCAUCUCUUGUACAGUACAAAAAGUUAUAUUUUCCCUCUCAAUGUGAAAAAUAUUUUUUACAUUUAAGUGUUGAAAAUAUUUUAUUUCAUCCAAACUUUUUGGGGGCCCUAUUUAAGUCUUUGUCGUCUUUUGAAGAUAUGACAUCAUUAUCUAUUCGUCUGGAGGAUUUUCACAUCUUUUUUGACUGUUUUAGGUUGUCUUUGUUGUUGUAGUUACACUGGGGGGGAAAGGGGCUUCAUCAGGACUGAAGGGAGAGAAGCAGUGUAUUGACAUUACAUUUAUUAUAUUAUUGACAUCCUCUUUUAUUUCUGUGUAUUCAUACAUCAUUUUAGAUCACCCUGACUUUACAGGUUUGUAGUUAGAUGUUUUCACACAGCAUUCCAAUCACCAGCUACAUAACAGUCAUUCAUUUAUACCGGGCAUGGCAGAGCAGUAGAGGCAACUUUACAAUGUCCUGCAUUAAUUUACCUGUAUUUCUACUUUUCUACCAAAGGGGGCAGUGUUUACUCAUUUAGAGAGAUGGACCACUACGCAGAAGAAGUCAGUUGGAGAACACUUCAUGCUAAAGGCCAAAAAUGUUUAAUUGGGGUUGAUUCGAGAAUCAAUGUUAAAGGCCCAAUGCUGUCAAAAAAUGAGAUUUUUCUGUGUUUUAUAUUUCCACUCUAUGAGGUUGGAAUACUACUGUGAAAUUGUGAAAAUGAUGAUAAUGCCCUUUUAGUGUUUGAGCUAUUUGAACAGCCCAACUGAAAUUUCAACCUGUUUUGGUGGGGAUGGAGUUUUGGCUUCAUCAGUCAGUUAAUUAGAGUUCCAAACCUCUCUGCCAAUAACAACUCGUUUCCAGUUUCCUCCUCCCAACUCAGGCCACUCCCAGACAGCCCUAGCAAAAAUUCUUGUUUGAGAAUUUGCUCUUUGCUAAGAAGCUAUUUUUGUUUAUUUUUUACCAUUUUAAUUAAAAAACAAUCACAGUAAGGUAUUGUUACCCAGAAGGUAUGUGAUAUUGAGAUAAACAUAUAUAUUUUUUAAAGAGCUUAAAAAGGAAACAGAAAGUCUCAAUUGGGGAUUUUGGGAACACAUUCCCUCUGGGAGCCUCUUUGGUGUUCUCCUUUUAGAAGACUACUAGUUACAUCAGCACAAAAUGAAGUUAUUGUUAUCCUUAUCUGUUUACUCCCAUGCCUUUUAUCUGUGAAGAAUACCAAUUUAAUUGAUCCUCCUGUGACGUACACACUGUCCCUUUAAGUAACAACAACCCAAUAUAAUAAGCAAAGAGUACAGUACACAUAGUUUUUAAAUGUUUUGGUCUAGUUUAAAAACAUGAUGUUGUUUUAGGACACAUAAUAUUACAAUGUUCAAUAUCCAAUGUGUUGUAGUUCUUUCAGUGUGUUGUUUCUUCACCUUCCUCUUCUUCAUUGUGGCACUCUCUUUUCUACAUUGGUGAUGGACGGAGACUAGGAAGAACCAGCAAGCCUAUACAUCUAAAGGUCAUGUUUAUUUUGUCAUAGUGAUAUAUAUCUGUCUCUCUCUCUCUCUCUCUCUCUCUCUCUCCCUCUGUCUGUCUCUCUCUCUCUCCCUCUGUCUCUCUCUCCCUCUGUCUCUCUCUCUCUGUCUGUCUCUCUCUCUCUCCCUCUGUCUGUCUCUCUCUCUCUCCCUCUGUCUGUCUCUCUCUCUCUCCCUCUGUCUCUCUCUCUCUCUCCAUCUGUCUCUCUCUCUCUCUCCAUCUGUCUCUCUCUCUCUGUCUCUCUCUCUCUCCUUCUGUCUCUCUCUCUCUCUCCCUCUGUCUCUCUCUCUCUGUCUCUCUCUCUCUGUCUCUCUCUCUCUCCCUCUGUCUCUCUCUCUCCCUCUGUCUCUCUCUCUCUGUCUCUCUCUCUCUGUCUCUCUCUCUCCCUCUGUCUCUCUCUCCCUCUGUCUCUCUCUCUCUGUCUCUCUCUCUCUGUCUCUCUCUCUCCCUCUCUCUCUCUCUCCCUCUGUCUGUCUCUCUCCCUCUCCCUCUCUCUCUCCCUCUCUGUCUCUCUCUCCCUCUCUCUCUCUCUCUCUCUCUCCCUCUCUCUCUCUCUCUCUCCCUCUCUCUCUCUCUCUCUCUCUCCUCUCUCUCUCUCUCUCCCUCUGUCUCUCUCCCUCUCCCUCUCCCUCUCCCUCUCUCUCUCUCUCUCUCUCCCUCUCUGUCUCUCUCCCUCUCUCCCUCUCCCUCUCUCUCUCUCUCUCUCCCUCUCUGUCUCUCUCCCUCUCUCUCUCUCUCUCUCUGUUUCCCUCACUGUUAGAGAUAAUAUGUAAUAAAACAGCAUCGCUAAAUAAACACACCUUAUUGUGAA